AUGACAGACGUACGCUCCCUCCUCCGUUCCCACCAGCAGUCGACUACUAGAAUAACUCAUCCACUCGCAUCAUAUAAUGCUGCAGGGGCACUGAGAUGUCUAGCAUGUGGGACACCCGUUCAGCCUCGAGCGUGGGAGGGACACGUCGUCUCCAAGUCCCAUCGAAAACGGGCAGCAACAUUGAAAGCGGAAGAAGGGAGGAAGGGAAAGAGGAAACAUGAGGAGGAAGAGGAGGUGAGGGAGGAUAAGAGACCGAGGCUGAUGCCUGAAGAAGAAGCGGAAGAUGUAGAGAUGAAGGAUGCACAAGCUUCACCGCCUACUGCAGCUUUCCCUGCUGGCUUCUUCUCCGACCCAUCAAGAGCACCACCACCCCGCGACCAUACACCAGACGGCGAACCCCCUCCCCCUCCUAGCACUGCAUCUCUCCCUGAUAUUCCUCUUCCCGCAGCAGCCCCAUCAGCGCUAGACGCAGAGUUCGACCUCUUUUUACAAGAUGUGCUCGCCCCUUCCGCACCACCACCACCGGAAGAACAGAUGUUCGCACGAGCGACUGUGUUUGCCGAGCCUGAGCUUGCGACCCCUGAGCGUCCGGAAGGCUUCCCCCCAUCUGCUGCUGUUGCCUCCCACCCCGCCGAACCCAUACCCGCUGAACGUGCGCGCCCGCGGACGGACGUACAGACCGCUUCUGGCGAGGCACCGCGUGCAGAAGAGACAGAGUCCGAGAAGAGAGAAAGGAAGGAGAGGGAAGAGAGGGAGCUGAUUAUGGAUCGGUUGAAGGAGGAAGAACGGGCGCAGGAGGAGGCGGAUGGGAGGGUGGAGAGGUUGAGGGCGAAAUUGGAGGGUAUGAGGAAGCUGAGAAGAGAGAAGAUGGGUCGGUGA